AUAGAAAUGUCAGUCAUACACAUAAAUGUCAAACGGCUAGUUGUACGAUUUUUCGUUAGCCGAAUGCGUGUAAAUAGCAAAAAAAAUAACAAAAACAUUAAUAAAAUGUAAUCUACAUUGGUUGUAGAUACGGCUUUCAAACGCCUUUUAUGCGAAACAGGUGAAAAAGAGUUAUUUGGGCAGUAACAUCACGGUAGAAUAAGUUUGUUUUUCAAUUGAAAGCGCAUCGGGAACAUGUUGAAAUUUAAAAAAAUGGGGUCGGAUAAAGUGCCUUUGCUACUCGUUACCGCCAACGUGGGAUCUAUAUUCGAAGAUCCGUCAGUGAUGCUGCCAAUAUGGACGUCGGAAUUCCUCCAGGCCGUCUCCAGAAUGGAUCCGAAGUUCAUAGCGUUGCAUCUGCAGGAAGUGGGGGGUAAAGCGUACGAGAAAUCGAUGCAGUACGUCAAGGAUUUUGUCCAGAGGCUCUGCGACUGUCCAGAGCUGAGGCUGUUUGACAAAAUAAGGAUAUACCUCGACGAGGACUUCAGCUCGCCUGAGAAAUUCACUGCCCUGGGCAACAUGUACUUUGCGCAUUCGUCGCUCGUCGACCUCAAGAUAUGGGAUUUCGACCUUAAAGCUUACGUUGAUGUUGUCGGGAAAGAGAUCCACAGUGGUAACAUCGAGAAUGCCUCCACUAAAGAGAAGGCAAAGUUCCCUCAGCAUUUCUUCCCAGAGUGCAAGUGGUCCCGGAAAGGGUUCCUGCGCACGCGUUGGACCAUCCGCGGCACGGCGGUGGAGUUCGUCAACAUCCACCUGUUCCACGACGCGUCCAACCUGGUCGCCAUGGAGCCCUUCCCGUCUGUGUACUGCCGGAGCCGGCGGCGCGCGCUGCGGCACACGCUGCGGCAGCUGCACGCGGACGGCAGCGCCGCGCCCUACUUCAUCUUCGGGGACUUCAACUUCAGGACCGACACGGCAGGCGUCGUCAAGAAGGUGACCGAGGACUUGUCUGCGCAGCGCGUGCAGGGCGGGGCGGAGGGCGGGCGGCUGCAGUACCGGCGCCGCGCCGACCAGCGCCUCGUGCUCACGGUCGGCAAGAAGGAGUUCGCGCACGUCGACCACCAGAAGAUAUUCCGGGAGCCCUGGCUGCAGCGUUACGACCGCGAGCUGGAGGCGCUGCGGCCGCACCUUUUCGAGUUCCCCGUCAAGUUCCCGCCCACCUACCCCUUCGAGGAGGACGUGCUGCUGCCCACGCACUACAUGAAGACGAGGUGCCCGUCGUGGUGCGACCGCGUGCUGGUGUCGCAGGCGGCGCGCCCGCUGCUGCACGACCCGCCGCGACACGACACGCCGCGACACGACACGCCGCGACACGACCGGAGGUCCGUGACGGAGUCCACUGACAGCAGCAGCGGCCGGGCCUCGUCGGACAGCAGUCCCGCUAGAUCCGGCUCACCAGCCAGCAAGCGCAACGACACGUUGAAGAAGAAAGGCAGCGCGUUGGAGCUGGACGCGCUGGCGGUCCCGGGGCUCGCGCUCAGCAGGAGGAGCAUCGCCGACCCCACCAGCGUGCAGCAGGCCAUCAGCGCCAGGGCGGGCGAGUCGGACGCGUGGGGGGGGCGGCGCCGGCUGGUGCGGAACCAGUCCGAGGGCAACAAGCCGGAGGGGGAGGUGCGGCGCGGGGAGGGGCGCCGGCGGACCGAGUAUGGCGUCAUCGGGGACACCGCCUGCAUGGGGGACCACAAGCCGAUCUACCUCCGCGUGAUGCUGCAGGCUGACCGAGGUAAUUCGCGACUGGAGUACCACCCUGAGUCGUCGCCAAAGCAUCUGCGCAACGAUGAGCACGACAACGGACACGACAACGGACGCGACAACGCCGACCCGCCCGAGUCGCGCUACAUACAGUUCAAUAUUGACAACGUCUGUGAAAUAUUCAAAGAGACCGAUAUAUAAACUCACGGGCCGAAUUCUGUGUUCUAAAGACGAAUACUUUACGUCUAGGGAACUAACUAUACGCGAUUUUUAAAAAUAACGUUAAAAAAGCGUUGCUAAUAACGACUAUACUUAAACUUAAAUUUAAUUAUAGGCAUUGCCAUUGGCACCUGAUCUAUGAAUCUAUAGUGAGGGUUAUCAACGAUGUUUUUACCCGAUUGAGUAAUAGCGCUUUCACUGUUUCUAUCGCGAAAUCACUGGAAAGUUAAAAUAGCCGUUAUUUAAAAAAACAAUAGAGCUCUAAAUGCUGUAAAGACUUGUCGUGUCUAUAGGUAAAAUAGUAAUUUUAUUAGCGGUGAUGCGAAAUCGUCACUCAGAGAAAGGCUAACGUUAAUAAAGACGUUAUUAAAAUUUGUGCUAUUAGCCGUUUUGAUGGUAAGACGUACAUAUAAUUAUAAUUUUAUUGCCUCAUUAUCGUAAUGUCAAGUUUACUCAAUUGUCGUUUAGUCAAUUGUCGAGUUUACUCAUCUAUAUUAUACAGUUAAUAAUUGACAACAAUGAACCCUUCUAAUGUCCGAAAUUUUAAUUAAUUAAUUAUAUAAUGUAUUAAGUGAUUUUUUUUAAAUACGAAUCUGAGACGACGACAUUAUGAAGGUAUUAGCGAUUGAAUUUUGACAUUUGAAUUUUUUUUUAAUUGUUAAUUUUUAAUAUUUGACCUUGGGCAGCAUUUGCCUUCAUCAUCCUUGACUCGCGCUUGCACGUUACUAAGUGACUUCUGAUAAAUAAAUUAUAAAGUAGGUAAGCUAUUUGGACGGUAGAUGUGUUAAGCUUGUAUUCUAGUAUGAAUGUGUGCAGGCCUCGCGCGGACGUUGACCCCGAACGUCAGCUGAUCAUUAACGUGUUACAUUGCUGCACUGAAACAGCAAUGUUUUUUCUUGUCUUACUUCCGGGAGACAGUCUCGCUCUGACAUGCGAUAAACUAUAUAUAUAUAGACAAAGCGCUAUGCUGUAGUACAUUGAUCGAUUAUCAGGUGACGUUAGAAGUAUUUCGAUAUUGAUAAAUGCCCGUGUUAAAUUUUUUUUGCUUAGAUGGGUGGACGAGCUCACAGCAUACCUGGCGUUAAGUGGUUACCGAAGCCCAUAGACAUCUACAAUGUAAAUGCCGCCACCCACCUUGAGAUGUGAGUUCUAAGGUCUCAGUAUAGUUACAACGGCUGCUCCGCCCUUCAAACCGAAACGCAUUACUGCUUCACGGCAGAAAUAGGCAGGGCGGUGGUACCUACCCGCGCGGACUCACAAGAGGUCUUACCUCCAGUAACAUGGAUUAUGAACAACACAAUUAAUUCUAUUGUUGUUCUUCGAACAAAAUAUAUAGUUGAUACGAUUAAUAACGUAACUUAAAAAAAUUAGAAAAUAUAUUGUCUAAUUCUUAAUAUAGAAGUUUUAAAAUAAACUGCAUUGCUGCCAAAUUGAAGGCUUGGUGGCCAUACUUCAAGAAAAAAAAAAAAGAGUUUUAUCUCUGCGUGUCUGUGUGUUCGUUCGUGUCCACAAGUAAAACGAAUGUUGAGGGUAGAUGUAAAAUAUAUUUUACUCUGUUACGUUGAUUUUGAGUGGAAAGAAACGUAAUUCUUUACUCGGUUGAUAAACUAAAAUGAUAUAACCGGAUUUACUUCGUAAGGUGAAUAUACUGUGCUGCUAAAAAAAUUGCCUCGAUAAAUUUCAAAGGUAGGAUUUUCAAAGAAAGGAAUGUAGUAGAUAUGUGUCGUUCGCGAACGAACGAGUCAAACGACCCGGGUCUCAAAUUCCGCGCGAACGAUAGGGUCACUUCAAAAAAUAUGAGUCGUUCACUAAAUCGACUCGUUUAACACAAAACCUACGAAUCAGAAGAAAAGAACCAUACGAGUACGACGGUCAUUCGGGUCAUUUCGGGUUGCCGCGUCUCGCCCCGCGCCAGUCUCGCUUAAUCGUUCGUUCGACUGAACGGGUCGUACGAACCGGAUCAUUUUGUCAACAGGUCAGUACUGAUCUGAAUCUCUAAAAUUGAACGAACGACACAUAUCUAGAAUGUAGUAUCGAGUGCCACAAACGUUUUAUUUUAUAUACAGAGCGAAAAUGAUGGAUUAAAAAAAAAUUCAUCACUAAACAGUAUUCGCGCUCAUUUGCGACCGGUUAUCGGAAGACCGAUUGAAUGUUUGAAUCAACUAGUCAUCUAAACCAAUCUAAGUUGAAUAACCAUUCCAAAAAAAAAAUACUUAAUCUAAAAAUAAAAAAAAUAUUAAAUACUCAUCUCUAGUCUUUUUGACGUCACUAUUCACUUAAAACUUAAAUAAACUUAUAUUUAUUAUAGAUUAAAUCAAUAUUAUUUUUCCCACCAAACAUUUAGCAUAUCUUAGUGUAUUUUUGUGUAAAUGUAAAUAGAUUUUUCUAGAAUUGCGUCGCCUAUUUAAAUUCAAAUACCUAGGUAAAUAUGCAAAUAUGUACAACAUGAGGUUCAAUCAUUAAUAAAAAAAUUAUAAAGUAAAUCAAUUUAAAAUAUUUCUAAGACAAUUAGUUACGAAAUAAUUUUUAACUCUUUUCAAUUAAAAAUCAUGCCGUAAUAGAUAGAUUUAUCUUCAAAUUGGUUGAAACGAAGCGAAUUUUCCGGUUAUUGAGUGACGUGACCAGCCUAAUAUACCCAUUCAAUAGUCUAGUCCUGAUGAAAUCGUAACAAUUGAUUUACUUUUCAUACUUUCAUUUUUGACCAUAAUAAAACAAACUAGUCCUACAUAGUUUUUACAAUAUAAAAUUGAUUAUAGAAACAAUUGUUGGGUUUUGACUGACGCUAGAAGUUUUUAUAUGAGCAAACGCGUGUAAAAUCGCAUUAGGAUUCUAGCCCAAACGUCCUGUAGAUGAAUAUUUGUACAGCUUAAAGGGAAAUAGAAGACAUUUAAUUUUGAUCGAGCAAGGCGGCAACUCACUUGUUGACGUAUCAUUAAAACCAUCAUCUUAAGUCUUAUCUGAUACCAGAGUUUAGGCGAAUUAUAGGCGGCUUAUAACUCGGCGAAUAUCUUAUAUCUGAUCGCAUUUUUUCGUACCAAGAACCGCCACGUCACGUCAGUCGUCUAUCAAAGCCUUAAUCAUUUUCUUCCUUUGCCAUGUUAAUCCGAAUUUAUAUUAAAAUUUAUUAUUAAUUAUGAUGCCACACGUUUUGUCCAAAAAUAUAUAUAUAUAUUAUUAUGUAAGGUAAUGUGUAAUGUAAGUUGUUAAAUUAUAAUUCGAGUCGAGAAGUUUCUAAGGCAAUGUUCUACCGCUUAGAAUUGAUUGGAAAUUGGGUACUUGAGAGAUGUCGUGUUUGAUUAAAAUCAAUAGUAUAUUAUGUGAGAUAAACAGUGGUAUAGAAUGUUUGUUGAAAUUAUUCCGAUCGUUUGAUAAAGUAUGAGAUAUAAACUUUUAAAAUAUCUAGGUUCGUUUGAUAGGGGUUGCACUUACCCCUUGCGACAACAAGAAUAUUGGCAAAUGCAAUGAAUUUGUUAUUGCAAUGAAUAUUGCAUUUGUUGGACGGUAUUAUUACGAAAACUGUAUCUAGAUCAGCGGUUCCCAAAGCUAUUUCGUCUACCGCCCACUUUGAGAAUAGAUUGUUUUUUAACGCCCCCAUUUUUUCACCUACUGAAAAAUUACUUUAGCAGGAGCUCAGUCGGUGUCUAGGAGUCCUCCUAGAUGUUAUUACAAAUCGCCUCCCAAGCCUCUACACAACGCCCCCAUUUUUUUCUUACCGCCCCCCUUAGGGCCUUCAGCAUCCACUAGGGGGCGUUAUCGCCCACUUUGGGAAAGGCUGAUCUAGAUGAACGAUUUUUUGCAACUACCUCACAUUUGCAAAGAAUAUUAAUUAAAGUAGAACUAAUACUUAAGCAACAUGAUAAAGUUUAUCCUAGUCGAGUCCUAGUAUGUCCUAGUAGUAAAUAAAGUUGUGCAAUGAUACGUUUUUUUUUAAUACAUGGCAACACUUAAAACAAAUCAGUUUCCCGCCCUAUAGACUGAUCGACUCAUUUGAUAUCGGUAUUAUAUUAUACAAAAGUUUUAUCAUAUUAUUAUAUAAGUACAAUUUUAUUGUUGUUAAUAUAGUAUUUUAGAUUUUACGAUUCCUGUGUAGUUCUGCUUUCGGAAUGUACUGUCGUGUCGUAGUGUAGUAUACUUCAGUGAUUUAAGUGUUCUUUUCGUUAUGUAUUAUUUAGUGAGUAUUGUCCGCUGUGUUGGGAAACGUCUAUGAUGCAGCAUAAUGCGUUUUGUGUACUCUUUGUGGAGUAUGGCAUGAAUCAGUAUUGUUCUGAAUAGCUUGCAAAUUUUAACGGGGUUUCUAAGAUUGAUUUUGUCAACUAAAAUAUCUGAUGCGUUCCUCCACUGUGUGAUUUUACGACAGAACGUCAGUAACUGUUUCCAGCUUCAAGUAUCGUGACCGACCGUCAAAGUAGGCCGCUUUCAAUUUCUUCCUGCUUCCCUUUACGAUAUUAUUCAUCAUGUUUAACGCUAACCGUACACCUGAUUAACGACUCUUUCCCGGUUUAAUCGCCGAUACGAUAUCGGAUCUACCAACCGUCAUCUACGUAUUAGAAAUAUCGGGUAUUGUAAAAUCAACGAUAUAGACGCGAGAUUACACCGUGAAAUUGUUUUUAAUCAUGAAAAUUAUGUUCACGAUUAUUUACCUGAUUUACCUGUUUUACGUUUAGCUUUUUAAGUUGGCUUAUUGAUAGUCGUUUUCCAAAUAGAUUCAAAUAGUUUUUAAUAAAUACUAAGUACUUAAUAACGUUGUCUAGUCGAUUUAUUUUUAGUUUAUCUCAACAUUAAGUUUUGAUUUGGUUAAGGUCGAGCAAUGACAUGACGAACACGCAAAUCACUGACUUAGCGUAAAUACUUAGCAACAAUUCAAUUGUUUGGAAAGCUUCUGUCACAGGUGAAUGUUGCCAGGGAGAAGUUAAAGUUUUUAAUUGGGAGCCCAAUAAGUUGCGCUUACACGUUAUUGAGGUUUUCGCGACUCUGGGAACGUGAUCAUAAUCAGCUACACCGAAAUUAGUUUAUCGUAAAUUAUGAAUUGCAUGGGGAUGCUUUGAAACAGGUUUUUCUUUUCUAAUGGCUACUCUCGGUAGGUGCUCAACCGCGGCUUGAGAAGAAUGUAAUCUUUUAAUUCCUCUCAAUUCGCCAAUUUUUUAAAGAAUACACAGGAAGAGGCGUUUAGAAGGCCUCAUUUUCCUACCUAUCUCAAGGUAUCCAUUAGGUCAAAGGCAGUCCCGCGCUAUAUGUCUCGCAAAACCAAUACGAUCCUGUUUAAAGCUUAAAUAAACUGUUACGGUAUGAGGAAGAUCAACGCUGGCGCUCGAUACACUCGUGUGCUCUGAAGUAUGGGAUGUGCUAUCCAAUACAAUUAAGACUCCGACGUCAUGGCUAUAUGCUUCGGUAACUACUCUAAAUCAGAUGAAGCGUCUACUUGUCUACCCAAUGAAAGAAAUAAAAAAAACACGUGUGGCAGUAAAGCUAUUACAUAGCAUUUUUUAUCAACGUAUGCAAUUAUAAUUAGACAAUAAUAAUUUAAUAUUAAAACAAUACAAAUAAAAUAAGACCACGCUAUAUUUAUAAACAUUAACAAAAGCAAAACAUUAACUGUCUCCUUCACAGCCAUAAGCUAGACCGCGCGAGAGAGAGAUGGCCAGACUUUUCAUGAUGCGCAUGCAGUGCGACGUCACGCCGCGCGCUUUUUCAGAAAUACUACACAAGCGCAACGUGUGAAUGUGUUGAACGCGAUCUACAUGGUAGGUGGAGUGGGUGUUAGGUUUUAUUUUCGUUACGGAAUUUCUUGAUUCGGUCACCGUGCUCAAAGCCCGCGAUAAAAGCUAAAAAUGUAAAUAACGAAUCGCUCGGAAUUAUUUGAGAUAUUAAUUUGUUACCCCGAAUUUAUUAGAUUGGAUUAUAUGGCUGACGGCUGACAGAAACCAUUUUAUUUAUAUUAUCACCGUAAAGGCAGGUACGGACGUCUAGGGCAGCUGUUACCAAAUCCCACCUUCCUGGUUGAGCCUUUGCUCGCCCACCUGUCCUGGUGAAACUGGAAAGGCCUCUGGGCCACUAGUAUUCCCUCAUACAUAAAAAACCGACGACGGAUUUUUGCCCGCGGCGCGUGAUUCGUCUCCGAAUUAUGCCCGUAAUCGUAACGAAGGAUGACAGUUCAUGAUUGUGACAGAAGUUGAUUCAAUACAAUUGUAUUACAGUUGUAAUACUCUUAGACUAUAGGUGUGUUAUUCUCAUUGUUGUAUUGUGUCUAGUCACUUCUUGUAACUGGUGUUAUUAAAAUGUAAUAAAAUAAAA